AGUACGUGUUUCCCAUCUCCUUCGGUAACUCAAGGGUGUCCGCAGAGCCUCGUGCGAUCUCACAGCGUAUUGAUAGAAUAGCUUCGACGUUGUCGUCGUCGCCGUUGUUCCUGGACACACACGUUGCGGGUGGAAAUGGCGUCCUUGGCGGGUGUCCGUUUGUUGGCGAGGAGUGCCGGCGGUUUCAGAAACACACUCGGCGGCCGAUUACGUUGCGCGACUACCGCAUUUGUUCAGAUGCGAUGCUGUGAGCAGAGACUGUUGCACUGCACCGCGCGGACCACACUCGUCGCACCGCAGGGCUUAAGGGACACACGCAUCAAGCAGGUGCGCCACUACAGUCAUAAGGAUCCACUAACCCUUGACAUUAUUCGUCAACGGGUGAUCUUGGUUCUGAAACUUUAUGACAAAAUUGAAGCCGCGAAGCUAACAUUGGAGUCGCAUUUCCUGGACGAUCUCGGUUUGGAUUCUCUGGACCAUGUGGAAAUUAUAAUGGCGAUAGAAGAUGAAUUUGGCUUCGAAAUUCCAGACAUGGAUGCGGAGAGGCUACUAAAACCUAAGGAUAUAGUGCGCUAUGUCGCGGAUAAAGAGGAUAUAUACGAAUAACAUGCCUUGUGUUAUUUAUAUCUAAGCGUUUAGUCAACAUCCGCCGUUGUUUCGACCGGAAAUAACGGGUCACAGCAUCUUACUUUGCUGCCACCAUUGUUUUUUUCUGUAUAUAGAAUAAUCAUCAUUUAUGUGAAUAAAAGCUAAGCGAAUUGUUAGAUC